UUAUUCCCUGUAGGCAGAUUCAGCUUCAAGCGGAUGAAAAUGCCUAGUUUGCAAGCUGUCAAAAUACUCUCGUCCCCCAUGAACGAGGUGAUUGUUUCCAGGACGCAACCCUUGGACACGAUUUAGGGAAUCAGCCAUAGCUCAAUUUUCACUGGAUAGCUCAAUUUUCACUGGAUCAUGGACCUCUGGGAAGACAGGGAUGACUACCAUCUUUUACUGCAAGAAGCUUGCUGAGAAUCUGUAUCAUGCAUCCUCUUACUGAUACACUGGGCCUGAGGACACCCCCUCAUUCUACAGUUCGUGCAGUCUAGACUGGAAAUAGUGCUCUCUGCUAGGCGCUGCGAUUUAGCAAUAGUCUCUGCCCUUCUGAUGUCAGGAAGAAACAGAAAUUGUUAAGUGGUUAAACCAGGCUUGGGACACACAGCAAUCAGGAGGCAGAAGAAUCUCGAGUUCCAGGCCAGUCUGAAUGAACAAAACUGUCUCAACAAAAAGGGCAGCUAGGGAAAUAGCUGUCAGUACAGUCCUUGCUUUGCAAGUGUGGAUUGAAUAUGCACAUUCAGUUCCCAGAACUCAAGGGGGUUGGGAGGUUGGCAAUACCAGUAAUUCCAGCUCUGGGGAAGCAGAGACAGGCAGAUCCUUGGGGAUGGGGCCUGCAGAGUGGUUCAGUAACCAUAAGCACAGGCUCAAGAGUCUGGACUCCCAUACAUUCUCUUCUGCCCACCACAAUAAGCAUGUCAUGAGUGCACAAGCUUAUACAUACAGGUUUGGGGACCAGGUGAAUGUCUUCUGAGAGUGACAUCUGAACAUCUGAGGUUAUCCUCUGGCCUACAAAACACACACACACACACACACACACAAAGUGGUAAGUUGGUAACCUGAGCUGAAGAAAAUGGUGAUUGGUGAAAAUUGCCAAGCACGUGUGGUGUUUUAGCGGAGACCAAAAAACCCAGAAAAUUCCUAUUAUUUAGAGAUCUCGGAGACACUAUUUCUCCAAAGAUGCACAGACAACGGCCUCCCCUUCAUUUAACCUCCUGUAUGCCAGCAGUGCCCAUCUGGGAGUGGCAUGCAGGAGGGCUAGCCACUCCCAGACUUGAAUCCCAAGUGAGAGUCUGAUGAUACUCUCACCGCCUCCUCCUCCUCCUGUAGGGAACAGGUUCAAAGCUUAAUCAGCUGCUCAGAUUAGAUAGGAAUGGCUGUUAUGCUAGGUAAACAGAGUCACCAUGAUUUGCAAGCAGAGGAAAGAGCAGGUGGAGACACAGCAUGAAGCUGACUUCCAGGCUGGUAAGACCAAGAGUCACCGGGUAAAGCUCUUUGUCAGUAGGCCAGGAUACUUGAGUUCAAUCCCCAAGACCGACGUGCUACAACAGGUUCCCAGAAACUUGUCCUCUGACCUGUUUCACAUGCAACUCCCCUCUCCUCAAUGCACACAAUAAUUCUUUUUUUUUUUUUUUGAGACAGUCUCCCCAUGUAACCAAGUGGCCUAGAAUUUAUUACGUAGACCUGGCUAGCUUCAACUCACAGAGAGAUCAUCCUGCCUCUGUCUCCUGAGGGCUGGGAUAAUGAAUGCAAUUUUAAAAUAAAAAUUUAAGAGAGGUUGCUGAAGCAAUGAUCUUUAGAGAAAUCAACCCCAGCACCUUGACCUCAGAUUCCCAGCCACCUAGCCGCCUUCCUGGAGUUAAUCCUUAGGGGACAAAGGGACGGACGGGAUGAUAAGCAGGCUAGGAAUGAAGGGAGUGUCCAGGCUGACUAUACCAGGGGGUGAGCCAGUCACCUCAGUCCAGGAGUCGAAGACCAGUCUGAAUGAUAGAGCCCCUGUCUGAAUAAUAAUGGUGUUGAUCAUAUAAAUAACAGGAAAUUCCAAGAAGUAGUCUGGCAGCAGCACCCUGUGGACUGCAGAGGAUAAGUUUACUGCAAGAGGCUUCAAAACUGGGGACAUUCUCUUGAUUUUCUUGACAGGGUUCUUCUGUGACCCAGGCUGCUCUCUAAAUCCGGGCUCCCAGUAAACAAUCUUUGCAGCUGAGUUUCUGGAGUAGCUUUGAAUACUUAAUGCCAACCACUCCACCUCCCAUCCCAGAUUGUUGUUUUGUUUGACACAGAGAGUUAUGUAACCCAAGCCAUCCUGCACAGUGACAGGAUCACAGGUGAACACCACCAUAUCCAAAACAGCAGGGCAUAGAAAAGCUGGCGACUGACACACUGUAGUGCUCAGAACAGCGGGACAGGACUGGGGAGAAAGGCAGGCGGCAUGAACAGUAAGAGCUGGAACCAGCCAGAGAAUUCUACGUAAAGGUUGACAUGACAGUCCGUCAGGCAGAUAUGGACCUAAGAGAUGAAGGCCUUGGAGAUGGAUGCCUGACCUGGGACUCAGGACUGGGAGUGAACGUGCUAAGACACGAGGAUGGCGAAGUCAGUGUGGGCUGUGAGACCAUCUCAAAGCCACAGGAGAAUUUUAAAAUGGAGUGGAGGAGAAUUAUUAAAAAGACAGGUUGGAGUUCAAGAAGAGCUGAGGCAGGGUACACAUAACCUUAGGGGGUGGAAGAAGCAGGGAGGAAGGUCUGCUGGGGACAGUCCACAGAUAUCCAGCCACUCAGAAUCCCACAUCUCCCAGGCAUGCAGCCAAGUCCCCCAGGGGAGCCAAGAAACAGGUGACACCAAAGCAACCACUGGGCCUCCUGGGGAACAGACCCCUUCUGUCACAGCAGCUGCCACUGCUGUUACUGGUGACAUUUCACUGGAUCCUGACUUCAAAGUCUCUGCAGGGAUUGGGAAGGGGGUUGGAGAAGCCAGGUCAGUAUUGGGGAGAGAGUCAGAGUAGCGUAGGUGAGGCUGCAGCAGGCAGCCAAGCUGUUGAGGAGUCGUCAGGAAUCAGGAGUACCCAGGGUCCUAGCAGGGCCUCAGAAGCUUAGAGUCUCAGGCUUGCACAGCCCUGCGCACUUCUCCCAGAUGUCCAGCAAGGUGGCCAUUGGCAGUGACAUCGGACAGGCCCGCCGGGCAGUGGAGCAACUGCGGAUGGAAGCAGGCAUCAAACGCAUAAAGGUAUCCAAGGCAGCCACAGAUCUGCUGCAGUUCUGCACGGAGCAAGCCAAGAGCGACCCCUUCCUUGUGGGCAUCCCAGCUGCCACCAACCCUUUCAAGGAAAAGAAGCCCUGUGCUAUCCUAUGAACCCAUGAUGCGGCCCCUAUUACCCUGGAUACCGCAGGAAGGUCCUCAAUAAAAAUGACAGCUCCUGU